CUUGGCGCGGAAAGAUAAAUUUGUGUUCAAUUUUAUUGCUGUGUUCUCGAGGUGGUUAAGUGGUGUUUUCAAGGAAUAAUGGCUCUAAGUUAUGUCUGUAUUUUAGUGUUAAUUGGCUUUAUUGAGUUAACCAAUAGCCAACAAAUAACUAAAUUCUCCGUCCCGCCUCAAGAAGCCCACGAGGCUCUUCUGGUCUGCCAGUACGACUUGAACGGUUCCAAACUGUACGACGUGAAAUGGUACAAAGACGACCAGAACUUCUUCAGGUGCAGCGACAACGGAGUGCAGAAGUACCAAGUGGAAGGCGUCAAAGUUUCCUCGUGGGAACCGAUGGCGAGCUCAUGCUCUUUAACCCUUACCAGAUUGACCUCUCAAAGUGCGGGGAUGUACAGAUGCGAGGUCACAUUGGAAACGCCAUCUUUCACAACGUUGUCCAAAAGGGGCGAGCUUAGGGUGACGUCUGCCUUUAAGCUUGUUCAGCCUAUAGAAUCAACCACAAGGCACUUUGAAAGCAGUACAACUCCAAGUUCAUCUACAUCAAGUUCUUCAAGUUUUAGGAGAACAAAUUUAGUUUUUGUAACUGUUAUAUAUUUAAUUUUAAUGUUUUUUUAUAAUUUAUAAUAUUAU